AUGAAACAACAGAAUGUCUUCACGAUAUUUGUCCUCCUUUUUGCCUUGUUGACGCCUUUAUACGCUCACCCGGCCACACGCAAAGUUGGAGAUGUUGCGAAAGCAGUGUUUAUACACGCUGACAUACACAAAGUGAACGGAAUAAUUACGUUUACCGAAAUAGUCGGAAAGACUGUAUUAAUGGGAAAAUGGAACACUGGGUUUUGUGACGACAAUUGGAAUAAUUACAAAAUCCAAAUUAUAUGGACGCUGAAUAUUUUGGGUAUAACAUUUGACGUGGUACUUCACGAUAUGACGCCGCAUCUCAAAGACGAGUUAAUUAUAGCCUGCGGAACUAAAAACUGGAAGUAUGAAGUUUCUGGACAACUUCUUGGUCUGUGGAAAGGGAAAGCUGUCAUUGUCACGCAUCUCGGACUCAAGACCGGUGAGGCAAUUAUCAAGGAAACUUUUGAUGACUUGACAAAUAAAUUUUACUUGGUUGAUUCUAUUUAG